AGUAAUAUUUAUGGAGUUAUUCAACAUUAUCGGUGAAGUGAUAAGAUAUAAAUGGAAAACUGUACUUCGUCUGAGAAUUUUUGUCCCAUUUUCAUUUCUACUCAAUAUUCCUGCUCUAUUUUUUCCUCUGGCAGAAACUAUGAGUUUUGUUUGUUAAUUGUGUUUCAAAUUUGCAGCUUCCCCAUGCAUUUCAAAUUAACAGUUUUAUAAAGAAAAAAGCCUUGAAGCCUUGAGCCUUAUCUUUCUAUGAAAAUUUUGGAGAACGGUUGUUUCUCUUGAAUUAAAAUCUAUCGAAUUUUUUCAUUAAAUAUCCUUCAACACAAUACCAGAAUUUGUUGCAUAAUCUGCCAUAGAAUGUCUGCAAUAAACAGAGUGAGGCAUAGAAUUCUAAUAUAAGCUCGGAAAAAUUUUCCUGGAGUUCCAAUAGCACUUAAUUUUUUAAAUAUUUAAAUUUCUGGAACUAAGAAAGUGACCUAUUUUUAAUAUCAUAAGGAUUUUCCAUUUAUUUUUAAUAAUUCAUUUCGAAAUUGCAAAAUUUGUCAAAUACAAUCCUUUUCCACAAGAAUAACUUGCAUCAAAUAUAUCCAUUUCCUCGUAGCCUUUAUCGCCCAUGGACGAGCGCACUGGCGACUUUUUUUUAUAAUCUCCUUAAAAAAAAAUCUCAUGCGUCAAAUCAGCUGAUUAAGCAGCCAACGUCAGACCGGAGAGGCCUCACAUAGGCAAGUCCAUUAGGCGGCAAGUGCGCGUACAGGAACGUUCGAAACGUGAGCAAUCGGAUUUGAGGAUUUUCUCUCUAAAGAUCAAUACUGACAUGAGAUACUUGCGCACGGCACAGCUGUUGGGUUUCAGAUAAUUGUCGGUGUUUAUUCUUCAACGAAAUAUAUUUUCAAAAGGUGUUUGAUUGUUCAGACAUUUGUUUGAAUAGAUGAGGGACAGUGUGAGGCUGUUGGGAGCUCUUCUGAAGGCAUCGGAGAAGGCGGCGAAUAUUGCUCGCGCAUGUCGCCAGAAUGAGACACUCUUUCAGUUGCUUAUUCAGGAGAAAAGUGAGGAGGAAAAAAAUCCGAGAUUCUUUCAUGACUUCAAGACACUUGCUGAUGUUCUCAUUCAGGAGACUAUUCGACAUGACAUCGGACUGGAGUUUCCAGAGUUAGCGAAGCGGGUGAAGGGCGAGGAGACUAAUGUGUUCAGUAAUACCCUGGGUAAAACAGUUACCAUCGAAGUGCUCCCGACGCAGAUAGAGACUAGAAAUUUACUGGCACAAGUGCUGGAUAAUAAUAUCAUCACAGCUGAGACUCUUGCUAAUGAGAUCCAUCGAGAUGUUCCUGUCUCCGAAGUUCCAGUCGACACUGCAGCCGACGAUUUUUCCUUUGACAUCGAUGUCAACGAUCUGGCUAUUUGGAUUGAUCCCAUUGACUCAACCGCUGAUUACAUAAGUGGAAAUACUUUGGUGGACGAAACUACGGAUUUACACUUGAGUGGUUUACGUUGUGUCACUGUACUUAUAGGUGCAUAUUCAAAAUCAACUGGUCUGCCGGUUUUAGGAGUGAUAAAUCAACCGUUCUAUACAUGCCAAGAUUCCCAGUGGAAAGGCCAUUGCUACUGGGGCUUCGCUGACAGUGCAAAAAAUCUCCAAACAUCUUUUCCAAAGCCCGUAAAAUCAAACAAUGUAAUAGUGGUGAGUCGAUCGGAGGAUUCAACGAUCAGAUCGAAACUCACGAAUUGUGGAUUCAACUUGAUCGAAGUUUCCGGGGCUGGAUACAAAAUUCUGAGUGUUGCCACAGGUCAUGCGGAUGCUUACAUUCUCUCCAGGGGUUCGACGUAUAAAUGGGACACGUGUGCACCGCAAGCCCUCCUCUGUUCACAAGGCGGUGGUAUUUUAGACUUUAACAAAUGCACAACGAACUCUGAAUCUAUAGAUUUGGAUCUUAAAUAUCACGAGGAUGGGGAAAAUCAUGCGAAUCGAGGGGGAUUAAUUGCUUACAGAGAAAAAUCUACGCUUGACCUACUUUGUAAAAGUCUCGCCCUCACCACUAAACUUUAAUUCAUCAUUGUUAAUUAAUUGCAGUGGCUGAGCCCACAGGUUCGUUGAAAUGUCGAUUUUUUAUUAAUAACGUGUUAGGGAGAUGAUCUUUCAUAUAGAAAUAUCGCAAAACACUGAACAUGAGAUUCAUUUUUGUCCCUAUCUUUUUUCUCUGUCCACUGAAAAAAUCAAGCGAAAAACGAAUCUAGAUGGAUAUCUAUCUCGUUCCAAUUUAAAAUGUUGCAACAUGGUUCUUAUGUACAUUACGACUGCUCCCAACAAACUUCGCAAUUGAUUUCCUUAAGAUUACAGGAAUAAAGAAUUUGUCGGCAUGAGUUUCAUUACUAUUCCUUGUUCUUUCUUUUCGAUUAAAAAUGUGAUGAAAGAAUGUAACGAAUGAAACGUAAUGAAAGAAUGAAUCAAUUGGAGACGCUUACCAUUUUCAGUUGUUAAAAAAAAAUCACUUUAUUUGUCCACUUCCAGAAUGGAUAUUUUCAUUGAUUUUUAUGUACAUUAACAGCUCUCACAAUGAGUUUUACAAUUAAUUCCAAUAAAUACGGGUCAUUUCUUCUCACAUUAACACACGGUAAUGAAUGCUAGUGUAUACACUAUAGUUUUUUGUUCUUUGGGCUAGUUACAGUAUUAUAUACAUAUAUAUCCGCAUGCUACAUGCCCUCUCCCAAUUCCUCAAUUUCAUCCCACCUGUAACAUUUCAUUAAACAUUUAUAAAUAUUAAAAUUCGAAUAAUUACGAGUGUUCAGUCUUAAUUGUAAAACUCUGAGAUCAACAUUAAAUAUUUCACUCAACCGAAUUGCUCCUUGUUUCUCAAAUAAAUAAUCUGACUGGUUUGUACUUUAAAAAAAACUCAUGUUGUUUUUUCACAUUUUGUAAAUAAGGAAAUGUUAAAUGUAUUUUCAACAGUUAAAAUAUUUUCGUUGUUGUUGACGGAUUCAGAGAAUAAAAUUGUUCAACUGUGGAA